AUGACGGCAUCAUUCCCCCACGAGCCUGACCAUGGCGAACCUCAUGUUUCUCGUCAGCAACAGUUUACUCCGAGCGCCAGCACGCCGUCGACUCCAGGCGCUGUUACCCCCCGCAACCGCUCUCUCGACGAGCGGCCAGAGCGGGAGCGGGAGCCUGUAAAUGACGAACACUCGCCGCUGUUACCACCGGCCGACUACGAUGCAUUUGGUGCCAGAUCGGGUGGACGAAGUGAUGGCCACGAUGAUGACAGCCAAACCACCAAGAGCUUGUGGUACCUGACCAUCUUGACCAUCGGUAUUGGAGGUCUGCAAAUCGCGUGGUCCGUCGAGCUCUCCAAUGGCUCACCAUAUCUACUAUCGCUGGGACUGAGCAAGUCUCUCAUGGCUCUGGUCUGGAUCGCGGGGCCACUGACCGGUACCUUGGUGCAGCCAUAUGUCGGCAUGUUGAGUGAUAGCUGCCGCCUCUCAUGGGGUAAACGGAAGCCGUUUAUGCUCGGUGGUGCCACUGCAACCAUAGUAGGGCUGCUCUUCUUGGCUUGGACAAAAGAAAUUGUCAGCGGCGUGUUGAGCAUCUUUGGGGCUGAUACCGAGUCACACGGCGUCAAGACUACCAUUAUUGUGACGGCGGUGAUUGGAGUCUAUCUGCUAGACUUUGCCAUCAACACGGUCCAAGCUGCCCUCCGAGCCUUCAUCGUUGAUUGUGGGCCUGCCCAUCAACAAGAGGCGGCGAAUUCCAUGGCCAGCCGUAUGACAGGUAUAGGAAAUAUUAUUGGCUACAUUGCGGGAUACGUUAAUUUGACGACACCCCUGUGGUUCCUGGGUAACACCCAGUUCAAGAUUCUUUGCGCAAUCGCAAGUAUCUCGCUAGGAUCUACGGUCAUUCUGAGUGCCUCCCUGAUCAAGGAACGAGAUCCUCGAUUAGACGGCCCUCCACGCAAGAAGCAGAGCAUCUUCUUGUUCUUCUUUACCCUCUUCAAGUCCAUCAAGCGAUUGCCGCUUCAGAUCAAGCGGGUGUGUCAGGUCCAGUUCUUUGGCUGGGUUGGCUUCUUCCCUUUCUUGUUUUAUACAUCUUCGUACAUUGGCGAAAUCUAUGUACAGCCCUUCCUUGAAAAGAAUCCCCACAUGACACCUGGUGAGAUUGACAAGCUGUACGAGCAAGCAACUCGAAUGGGUUCCUUUGCUCUCCUCAUCAACUCCAUUGUUAGCCUGCUGGUCAAUGUGUUUCUCCCGUUUUUUGUUGCUCCGACCUAUGAUAGCCAUCCUGUACUGGAUAGUUCGGGAUCCGGCGUCAAAAAGUCGUUCCUGGAUCACCUGAGGAUACCCGGUUUCACGCUUAGGCGGGCUUGGUUCGGGUCUCUCAUCCUCUUCGCCAUCGUCAUGGUUUGCACCGUCUUUGUGAGAUCUGUCAACGCAGCCACAGCCUUGAUUGGGGUCGCCGGAAUCACUUGGGCCAUUACUCUCUGGGCUCCGUUCGCCAUCAUCAGCGCCGAAAUCAGUCGGCGUGAUGCUCUCGCCCGCGCUAGGCGCCCCCGACGGGACAAUCGAGAUGCUCUUCCGCCCUUGACUCCCGCCACUGGCCGCACGUCUCCAAUGGAAUUGGCAGAAGCACCCGAGGAGGAGGAGGUGGAUCAAGCGGGCGUGAUCAUGGGAAUCCACAACAUGUCCGUUUCCGCUCCUCAAAUCAUUGCCAAUGUAGGGUCGAGUUUGAUUUUCAAGAUAUGGCAGAAGCCGAGGGGAACACCAGGCGACCAUAGCAUCGCCAUCGUUUUAGCGCUUGGGGGUCUUUUUGCGCUGGUAUCUGCCUUGUUUGUGCUCAGAAUCAAGGACGACGUGUCUGUUCCGCCAGAGACUGUGGCUGACGAAGAACAUGGCGAUGCGGACCGAGAUGACGACGAUGACGAUGAGUCCCCUGAGGGUAGAAGUACCAAGCCUGGCUACUCCGCGGUGCCAACGGGAGAAGCUGACGCCCCGAGGCUGGUGAGGAAUCCCAGUUUUGGAGGCUUAGAAGUAGCGUCUGGAUCUGAUAGAUGA